CGGUUGCCACGUCGAGCGGGAGCGAACGCGCUGACCACUUGUAGGAGGCGUAUUCGAAUCCAUCACCGCCGCACGACCGCCGCGCGCUCCUCCCCUCCUCCUCCUCCUCCUCCGCCGCGCGCGGCGCCGCGCCACCCCGCCUCCGAUGGCCGGGCACGAAGAGGAGGUGGCGAUGGAGGUGGAGGCCGUGCAGUCCGUCUACGGCGGCGAUUGCGCCGUCGUCGACCAGUAUCCUCCCCGGCUCCACGUCCGCAUCGUGCCCCGCACCGCCGACGUCUCCUCUCAGCAGUUUGUGGAAGCGGUCAUCGGAAUAAGCGCAGGCCCACAGUAUCCGGAUGUCCCGCCUGGUGUUGAACUUAUAGAAUCGAAGGGUCUUGAUGAUAUAAGGCAGAAAUAUCUUUUGGAUUGCAUAUUGAACAAAGCUCGUCAACUUUCCUCGUGUUCAAUGCUAGUAGCACUUUGUGAGGAAGCAGUGGAACUCCUCUCUAAGAUGAACCACCCAGAGGGUGACUGUCCACUGUGUUUGUAUCCUCUGGUUCCUGAAGAUACAGAACACCUAGAUUUGGCAUUUAUGAAGCUGAUGUCUUGUUUCCAUUGCUUUCACAGUGAGUGCAUUAUUAGGUGGUGGAACUGGCUUCAAAAUGAGAAACAAACAAAAGUUGGUGAGAUGGGAAAUGAAAAAGGGUUAGAAAGCCAGGGAAACUGUCCAGUUUGCAGGAAAGUUUUUCAGGCCAAGGAUUUGGAACAUGUACUUAAGUUAAUCAGCUCAUUUUCCUCCAAAUCGAGUUUUGAAGGAGAUGUCCCUGAAGAGAAUGGGGAGCUUCUCUGGUCAGAUUCCGAAAAUAGUAGAAGGCAGAGACUUGAGACCAUUAUGAAAGUGCAGCAAGAAAUUAAUGGCUUAAUUGAACCCAAGAAGGACUUGGUUGUGUUGCCGGGCAUGUACAUAACCCCGACAAUUACCUCAUCGACAUCUGGUACGACGAAUGACAAUAUCGAGGAACAACAACCAAGGGACGAAGCUGUCUCUUUGGAAACAGAUUCUAGUAAUGCCUUAAGGCAGCAAAAAGGCAAGGCAGUUGCUUCUGUCCGUAACUCCAUUGGAUCCUCAAACACACGAGGCACCAUUGAGCAUAGGAACUCAGGUACGAGGAAAAACAGUGCGAGGAAUGCUAGAAAGCCAGGCAAACACUGGGUUAGGAAAGAUGAUACACCUAGGGGUUAAUUUAUUGUAGUUGUUGAUGACUGGAUAGAAGUACGAAAGGCACAAAUGUCAGGUAUGAGUUUUUGUCACGCCCUUUUGGAUAUACUCCGCGCACUCUCCAUGAAGGGAGUGCAUACAGGAUAUUUUUUAUUGUCUGUGCCUGCAGUCCCAUCUGGACAUUUGAAUCGCGGUCUCAACUGGGGACCGAAUCAUCUGAUACAAAAUAAUGCAGAUGUGGGGAUCUGCCGAAAUGUGUGCAUCAGUCGGACUGUGCGGAUCCUUGUAGUAAGAUGGAGGGAGUGAAUUUGCAGUGCGCCCCCAUCGGAGGUCCCUGGCCAAUAGCUUUUGUGGAAGGCAUGAUUGAUUUGCUGGAAUAAAAGUGCAACAUUCGGGAAA